ACAAAUAGACCAUAACGUCAAUAACAUUCUCCGCAACAAGAGACAUUCUCAACAUUAACUUCAGAAAACUGGAGACCACUUAGGCUACAUAGUUGAAAUUAAAUAAGCCUACUCUAAACCCAAAAUCUGGAAAUAUAAAAUGAGGUCACCCAGAAUGUCACCCCGUGACGCUGCCGACACAGACACCGAGGCUCGUUUCAUCACCAUGGACAGCGCUAUGAAAUCACAGCGCAUUACAAAUCAUUCACACAUUGACAAAUAAAUUCAUGAGCAUCAUCAAUCUACAAUACAAUUUCACAAUCACAAUACGCCAAAAGUUACACCAAGCUGGUAAUACAAAGACUAUGUUUGCAUUGAAGUGCAAAUGCCUCUCCAUGCGGAAUUACACAUGGGGCAAUAAAUUAAAGUCACAAUUUUAAUUUCUAGGUUCUACUAUACCUCCUUAAUUCUCCGCCCAGUGUGAUGACUUGUCAGUUGUAAAAAGUAAACAACUCCAGCAAUACAGCCUGUUUGUUUUCUUACAGCCUGUCAUCCAUGGAUAUCUAGCUGUUUUUCAGUUAGUGUGGAGAAUAGUUAGCAGGUUUUGGUUUUUGAUUGACAUUUUGUGUCGUAGAUGUAGGAAACAGGAUCUUUGAUGCACCACACCUCUAAUUGCUUUGGAUAUUGCGUUGGAAAUCUAUAGAUAAAUAUUUUCAAUUCAGGAUAGCUUUAAAGAGUUUAAGUUGUUUCUUUAGCUUGAUUCACCAAGAAGCAUGACUUUGAAUAGAAUCCUCUGUAUCCUUCUGGCUCACAUUCAAACCCAGUUUAACUUCCAUUAAUAAUAUCACACUUAAUGUAGCAUCAAACCUCAGAAUGGAAUAUGUCCAGUUGGGUCAGUGUGAACAUAUCAUCGCUGGUUUGGAGUUGAUCGCUUGAACAAUGUAGGAGGAGAUAUGUGUAGGGGUUUAGUUUGUAUUCGGGCAACACCUCUUGUGUUUCAGGCUUCUCCCAAACACCCAAAUCCAGACUGGAGAAUGGGUUCAUACACUGAGAUUGAAGCUGAACUGAAGAAAGAGAUUGAAGCCAAACUGAAGAAAGAGAUUGAAGCCGAAAUGAAGAAAGAGAUUGAAGAAGAUAUAAAGAAAGAAAUGGAAGACAAAAUUAAUAAAGAGAUUGAAGAAAAAGUGAAGAAUGGAAUGGAAGACAUAAUGAAGAAAGUGAUUGAAUAUCAAAUUAAGAAAGAGAUGGGGAGGUGCAUUGACAUGUCUGUCCCAGGACCCCACGUGUUCCUCCUGGUGGUCAGACUGGGAGUGAGGUUCACAGAGGAGGAGCAGAACACUGUGAAGUGGAUCCAGGAGAACUUUGGAGAAGAUGGGUCUAAGUUCACCAUUCUGCUCUACACUCAUGGAGAUGAGCUGAAGAAGAAAACGAUCGAGGAGUAUUUGGAAGGAAGCACAGAGCUACGAAAGCUUAACGACAACUGUGGAAACAGAUAUCACGUCUUCAACAAUAACAAGAAGGACGACCAGACUCAGGUCACAGAGCUGCUGAGGAAGAUAGACGAGAUGGUGGAGGCGAACAGAGGAGAACACUACACCAGUAAGAUGUAUGAGGAGGCUCAGAGUAAGAUUAAACUGGAGGAAUGGAAGAAAUUUGGAAUAGAAAUGGCCAUUGAUCUUACAAUAGCUAUAGGAUCAUUAAUAGUACAAGGUCGGAAUGAUAAAGAUGAAGAACACCACAGAAUUUAUGAUUAAAAAAGUACAUAUUAUUACUUAUUGCUGUAUUAAGCAUUUAUGUCCUUAAUUAUAAGGUUUGGUACAGCAUGCUGGUCUCUCUUGUCAGGAUAAUGCUGGUUUAUGUUACUGUCCCUUGCUAGCAAAUGUCAGCUAGAACACUGUGACCUAGAACACAAAUGAGACCUAGAACACUGGGGAACACAAUUUACGUUGAGUUAGAUCUGGCACUUGUUUUUGACUAACUUUUGCCCUCUUAAUCCAAAAAAGGCCCAGUUUUUUUCUAUCACAUCAACUUUUUGAGCUACAGGAUAUCCUGGCUUUGUCUAACAGAUCAGUGCGGUUUAGGCACUUACGACGAAAACUAACAGAGGCAGCCAUGAUCUGAAAGGAAGGAUAUGAGUAUGUGAAUACAAAAUAAAUUGAACAGUCACAAGCUUAGAAAAACAAAACACACUUACAUAAGGUCUGCUAACCACUUGUAUACAGCACUUAACCGAUUGUCCUUAAUGAGCUGUAUGCAAGGGGUUAGCAGACCUUAUAGAUCCACCACAUCAUGCCUACAACCUCGUCCUCCUGCCUGCCCGCCAGCCUACCUGCUCUGCCCAUGCUGCCUGCCAUCCCUGCCGCCCUGUCUGCCUUACCCCUCUGGCCAACCCUACUACCCCGCCUACCAGCCCAGCCCUCACCCCCCCGGCCUUGCCUCAGUCCUGAUACCUGCAUUACACCCUGAGUUUAGUUGCUUGGGUCCACUAGAG